AUGUUGAAGAAACAUGAAGGAGGGCAUUUUCAAUUCAGUGAAACUUUUGAGUUUGGAGGAAAAAGAGUUAAUCACAGGCCUUACAUCAAGUGGUUCCUUGAAAAAAUUGGACCAGGUGGAUUACACAAUCUACUGGCUGGAUUUGAAGACAAGAGUGCUACUGCUGUCUGUACCUUUGCAUUUGCGGACGAGAGUGAAAAAGUAAUUUUAUUCAAGGGUGAAACAGAGGGUACAAUUGUCAGCCCAAGAGGAACUAACUUAUUUGGCUGGGAUUCUUGCUUUCAGCCCAAUGGUUAUUCGCAAACUUAUGCAGAAAUGCCAAAAUCUCUUAAAAAUGAAAUGUCGCACCGGAAUAAAGCUGUGAUAAAACUAAGAGACUACUUUGUGAAACAGUUAGAAAACUCUUAAGAGCUCUAAAAAUGCCAUACUCUUUUUCUUGUUAUUUAUUAAAUACAGUUGUUUAUUUUUAAGCAAUAACAUAACAGGGAUAUUACAACUCUAAGUUGUAUUUUAUACGUUAAACUUUAAGUACUUCCUAAAAUGUAAGAACUGUAAAAACUACAAUGAACUUCACCGCUCAGAAUUUUAUUUGCAGAUUUUUUUAAAUGCAAUUUUCUCACUUUUCUUUUUACACAAAAAUACAAUGUUAUUUUUACAA